UAGGUCUUUGUAAUUUAUAUUUCGGCAACUCUGUAACUUCACACAUUAUCAACAUGAUGAGAGACCUUUCCAGGCCGAUGUUCAGGGUGACUGGAAUGUUUCUUCUUAUGUAACCGUUUGUCCCUAACACCAUCAUACAGAAGUUCAUAGGCAUAGUAAGUUAUAAAACCUUUCUUCAGCAAAUCUUCAACAACAAUCUUGGGUGCUGCAACUGCCCUUUUAUCAGCCUCGAAAAUGGUAUCCACAACCUCCGGGACAAUGCCAUUUCUCACCAUCAUAUGGACUAUCCUAACUGCCUCGGGGACUUUAUCUUGGACACACAGACAGUUAAUCACUCUUCCAAAGGUCGUUAAUGAUGGAACAAAACCUUUGUCAAUCAUUUCCAUUAGAAACUUGUAUGCAGAGUCAAUCCUCCACACUUUGCAGAAACCAUCAAUCAUGACACGGUAUGUGUAAUCAUCUGGACUGCAGCAUUCUUCAUUGCCCAUCUGAUGAAAAAGCUUUUCUGCCAUUUCGAUAUUCAACUUUUCGGAAAACCCAUUUAUCAUGAUAUUGAAUGUCGACGUUCUCCACAAAAUGUUGUAUUCUUGCUUCAUUCUUUUGAAGAGAUCGUAUGCUCUAUCCAAAUCCUUUAUAUUGCAUAAUCCAUUAAUGACAGUGCUGAAACUGACAGUAUCUAGAACUAGACCUUUCUUCCCUAUUUCUUCUAGUAAGUCCAGAGCCUCAUUUACUUUCCUAGAUUUGCACAGGCUCUCUACGAGUAUACUGUAAGUGAUCAGAUUAGGAACACAUCCUUUCUCCAACAUCAUCUUGAAUGUUUCCAUAACAUCUUCAGACUUUGCAACCUUGCAUAGACCAUUCAAAAGAGUGUUGUACGUGAUCACAUCUGGCAAGACACCAUGACUCAACAUGCUAUUCAGAAGCUCAAGAGCAUUCUCCAUUUUCAGCUGCUUGCAGUAUCCAUCAAGUAAUGUGUUGAAUGUAAAAAUAUCUGGGAUAUACCCUUUUGCAAUAGCAUCAUUCAGAAGGUUAGUGGCAUCAGAGACACAUCCCAUCUUACAUAAUCCAUCUAUUAUCAGAUUGUAAGUCCAUGUAUCUGGGAUGCAACCUUUUCCCAACAUCUCGCCCAUCAACUCCAAGGCUUGGAGAACAAGUCCUUGCUUGGACAACCCUUUAAUUAGUGUAUUGUACAGAAUAACCGUAGGCUUUAAGCCCUUCCCCUGUGCCUCGUUGAAAACCGAUACAGCACGAUCCACAAGAUUAUCCUGGCAUAAACCGGUGAUCAAGGCGCAAUAAGUAAACUCAUCAGGCACAAACCCUUUAAAGAUUGCAUCACCAAGAAUUUUGUCAGCAUUUGGCAUCAUCCCCAUCUUGCAAUAACCAUGAAUUAUAGAGUUGUAGGUGAAGGCAUCAGGCUGUAACCCUUCAUUCACCAUUUUAUGCAGAUAGCCCUCUGCUUGUGCAACUUUAUUUCCUUUACACAAACCACAAAUGAGAGUGUUAUAUGUGACAACAUCAGGAAUUAGACCUUCCUUGUUCAUGCUCUCCAACAUACUGACAGCCCUAUUUACUGCACCUUCUCUACAGAGCCCUUGGAUGAAGAUGUUAACUGUAUACAAGUUGGGACAGAAACCCUUCUUAAGCACCUUGCUCAACAGCUUUUCACUUUCUUUGACUUGCCCUUUCUUGCAAAGAACAUGCAUGAGCUUAUUAAAAGUAGCAAUGGCUGGAAAAAUACCCAAUUCAAGCAUCUGGUUGAACAAUUCAUAUGCAUCAAGUAGAUAGUGCCCAUCAUAAAACCCACCAACAACAGUACAAUAAGCAACAUCAUUGACUUCACACCCUUGAGAAGACAUGUUGUUCAGAAGCCUUAGAGCAGCAUGAGGCCUCCCCGUCUUGCAGAAGGACUUUAUCCUAAUCGUAAAAGUGUAAACAUCAGGAGAGAUUCCUUUAUCUCUCAUCCUCAAGUAGACUUUAUGUACUUGAUCGUGAUGCCCAUAGUCAACCAAUAUAUUCAUGAUGGAGUUAUACGAUAAAACCGAAGGCUCGCAGUUGUAGAAAUCCAUCCUCUCAAACACAUCAACUGCUUCCUGAACUCUCCCUUUCUUCCCAUAGUUCCUCAUGGCUCCUACAUACACCCCUUCCAGCAAGUUAUUAUCGACAUUCAUCCUAGUCUCCAUGAGCACUUGCUCCAUUGCCUGGAAUUCACCAUGGAUACCUAGCUUCUCAAUCAUGCACCUAUAGGUAGACAAUGUGUGCUUAAACCCAUCUUCUAUCUUCACAGAAUUGAAAGUUUCAAGAGCUUUCAGAGGAUCCUUUUGGUACUUUAUGACCAAAGCCACAUUCUUUGGGAGCAGAGUAGGACUCAUUCUAGAAAGAAAAAUCCUGUACAAAGCUACGAAGGUUACCCGGAAAACCCCAGCUGAAAAUGAGGAAGGCGAAGGAGAAUCAGCCGGCGCUACGGAGGACAAGACGCCAACGACGAGGGAGAAGCUAAAGACAAUCUAGAAGACGAAGAGUUGGAAAGGAAGCAAUUAUCGGAGCCUGGCGUCGCUGAUUGAUAAAUAGAGAAAGCCAGUGGCUAGAGAAUCUAGGAGCCGGAGUCAAAUCGACGGGGAGGCGGCGUUUGGAGAGACCUUUUGCCGGCGGCGGGAGAAUAGCGAUUUAGAAUCGUAACUGUAGGGAUGUUUUGAAGGGUUAACUCACUUUUUGGUCCCUGAAUUAGACGCUUUUUGCAAAAAGCUCCUGAAUUGAUAAUUCUGUACUCCAGAAGACCAGAACUUCAGAUGCUCAAGCACUGUACUUCGCGAGGUCAAGGUGGGAGCAAGAAGUUGAGGAAGCUGAGCCGUAAACGAUGUCGAGAGCUCUUUCUCUCCGGCGCUCAAUCCAUCAUCUCCUCCGCCUCGGUCCCUCUCAACCCAUUUCCACCGCCUUCCCGCCGACAAAGCCGCCGAUCCCUCCAAACAAUCGCUACCCAUCAAACCCUGUUCGCACAUUCUCAACCUCCUCUCCCGCGCCGGCUUCGUCGGAAGCUGAGCUGCGGCGGUACCUCGGCUACACAGCGCUCGUGCUCUUCUGCGGAGCCGCCACUUACUUCUCAUUCCCCUUCUCGGAGAACGCCAAGCACAAGAAAGCCCAGCUCUUUAGGUACGCCCCAUUGCCCGAGGAUCUGCACACCGUUUCCAAUUGGAGCGGCACUCACGAGGUCCAGACCCGGAACUUCCACCAGCCCGAAACUUUGGAGGAAUUGGAGAAGCUGGUGAAGGAUGCUGAUGAGAAGAAAGCCAGGAUCCGGCCAGUUGGGUCGGGGCUCUCGCCCAAUGGGAUUGGGCUGUCGCGUGCAGGGAUGGUGAAUUUGGGUCUGAUGGAUAAAGUUCUUCAAGUGGAUAAGGAGAAGAAGACGGUGAGGGUUCAAGCUGGGAUAAGGGUUCAGCAGCUGGUCGAUGGGAUUAAAGAGUAUGGCCUUACCUUGCAGAACUUCGCAUCCAUUAGAGAACAGCAGAUUGGUGGAAUUAUUCAGGUUGGUGCACACGGGACUGGUGCGAGGUUGCCACCAAUUGAUGAACAGGUCAUUAGUAUGAAAUUGGUGACUCUUGCCCAAGGCACGAUAGAGAUUUCGAAAGACAAAGACCCAGAUCUGUUCUAUCUUGCUCGUUGUGGUCUUGGAGGCCUUGGAGUAGUUGCUGAAGUCACCUUACAGUGUGUUGAGCGUCAAGAGCUUGUGGAGCAUACUUAUGUCACAGACAUGAAUGAUUUGAAGAAAAACCACAAGAGGCUACUGUCUGAGAAUAAGCAUGUGAAGUACUUGUACAUCCCCUAUAGUGAUGCUGUUGUAGUUGUCACCUGUAAUCCUAUUUCAAAGUGGUGGGGUCCCCCGAAAUUCACACCGAAGUAUACUAAAGAUGAAGCAAUACAGCAUGUCCGUGAUCUAUACAAGGAGUGCCUUGAAAAGUACAGGAAUGGAGAAAUCACGGCUAAUCUUGUUGAUGAGCUAUCAUUUACUGAAUUAAGAGACAAAUUGAUUGCUCUAGAUCCUCUCAACAAAGAGCACAUUGUCAGGAUUAAUUGUGCUGAGGCUGAGUUCUGGAGGAAGUCAGAAGGCUACAGGGUUGGGUGGAGUGAUGAAAUUUUGGGCUUCGAUUGUGGUGGGCAACAGUGGGUAUCAGAAACAUGCUUUCCUGCUGGUUCCCUUUCCAACCCUAGUAUGAAAGAUCUUGAAUACAUUGAAGAUUUGAAGCAGCUCAUCGAGAAAAGACGGAUACCUGCACCUGCUCCCAUAGAGCAACGUUGGACAGCUCGUAGCCGGAGCCACAUGAGCCCAGCCUCCAGCUCAAACGAGGAUGAAAUAUUUUCUUGGGUUGGUAUAAUCAUGUAUCUUCCUACAAUGGAUGGCCGCCAGAGAAAGGACAUCACAGAUGAGUUCUUCCAUUAUCGACGUUUGACUCAGACUGCGCUAUGGGAUAAAUAUUCUGCUUAUGAACAUUGGGCUAAGAUAGAGGUUCCGAGGGAUAAGGAAGAGCAAGCAGCAUUGCAAGCAAGGCUAAGAGAGCGCUUUCCCGUUGAUACAUAUAAUACUGCCCGAAAGGAAUUGGACCCCAACAGAAUCUUUGCUAAUAACAAGCUGGAGAAGUUGUUCCCAGUAUCACAAGCUGCUUGAUUUCUUGGUUGCUUUCUUAUCCCUCUCUUAGUAGUGUGGGAACUUGUAUACUAUAAACCGCUGCCUCUUUUGCUUUGCUUGGGUACACCUAGGCCUUUUGGUCUGGUAGAACUAGAUACGAAAACUGACUAACUGAGAAAGUUUCACCAGAAAUAAAUGGGCAUAUUUUCAAGCUCUGGGCCAAUAAUGCCCUGGCAGGCUACUCAUCUGCUCGCAAUGUGAUUAUGUACCAUUCUUUUGGUAUGAUCAAUAGAAUCAUUUUAUAGUCUUGAUGUUCAGUAUUUGCAUGGUAGCCAGUAUAAUUACAGAAAUGUGUACUUGUAGAAAUUUUCUUGUUUAGAGCUAUUUUCUCGGGUCACAGGCAUCAGUUAAUCUUGAGCAAAUUCGGAAGCCUGCAGCUGCUCAGAA